AUGCCUCAAAGAGAGAGGUCCAAUAGUCAAAAUAAUGGCUUUUCCAAUACCCACGAGGAGUUCAAUACGGGGUAUCAGAAGUGUUCAAGUACCUUGUCGCUGAUCAAUACGCUUCUUUUGUUGGUACUCGGCACUACUUUUGUCAUCCUUCCGAGUCGAGUCGUGACCCUCUUGUUGGGCAAUGUCACUAUUAACGAUGGAGCAAUAACAAUUGCUAGAAUGGCCGGGGGAGUCAUAUUGGCGCAAGGAAUUUCCUGCUUGGUUUUGUUGAUGAUACCUUCUUCGUCCAAUCCAUGCUUGGCCAUCCAAACGACGCGAGUGGCCAUUGCCAUGCAGGGCGUGACAGGAUUGGUGUGGGUGAUUAUUGGACUUUGGAAUGAUGAAAAAAGAGGUUCUACCAAGAGUGCCAUUAUUUCUGAGUUUGCGGAAGGUGAUCAAUCAAUAGGAGACACAUUUGGUUUGUUGGUAUUUGGUUCUUGUGUACUCUUCGUGGCUUGUCUGGCCUUGAUGCUUUCGUUGUUUCCGGCUGAGCCACGAGGAAGCCCCAGUCUCAUCGCUCGAAACGAAGCUGAAGCGCGUCGAACUGAUAUGGAAGAACCAUUGUUGUCCUCAAGAGAACACACCGACGGCGAGAAUCCUGAAAAUAAUGAACAUGAACCAGCUACGACUAUUACUGAUCCGUCCGAGUCACGACGGACUGAUGAGGGCGGUGUCACUUCUCGUAUCCGCGGAACCCGACGUCUUCUAGCAUUGGCCAAACCACAAACCAUGUAUCUCUACAUUGGAUGCCUUACACUUUUGGUGAGACUGCCCUUUUCCUUGAGCAUUCCUCACUUUGUCAGUACCACUCUUGGCGCUUUGUCGCAGUCGGAAUACGAACGAGCCCGCCGUGAGAUAAUGUGGCUCUUUUUGCUCGGUACCAUUGAUGCCUGCCUCGACUUUUGGUGCAUUUUUUGGUUUGGUUAUGCCAAUCAACGGAUUGUUCGAGGAGUCCGGAUUGAUACUUUCAAAAGUAUUAUGAAGCAAGAGAUCGGCUAUUUUGACAAGACAACAUCAGGAGAGUUGGCCUCACGGCUCAAUUCAGAUUGUGGAGAAAUGGCGGGAGACUUGACAUGGUUCUUUCGGUUUAGCAUUGAAUCGGUCGUUCGGAUAAUAGGAAUCACAACAUACAUGUUGCUUCGGUGUCCUCGAUUGGGGGCAUGUGCUCUGAGCAUUAUUCCUGUGGUAGCAGUGGUCAACAAAUACUAUGGAAGCUGGCUCAGUAAGAAUGCUCGAAAGGUCCAGGAUGCCCUUGCUGCGGCCAAUUCAGUGGCACAAGAAACUUUUUCUUGUGUACGAACUGUCAUUGCCUUUGCUUCGGAGGAAAUGGAGUACAACAAGUAUGUGGAAAAGGUCGACGAACAAUACCAACUCAAUGUGCGGCAAACCUACAUGACUGGUAUCUAUUACAUGUUUGUUUCGACCUUCUUGAUCAAUACAGUGGUACAGGGAUCACUCCUCCUGUAUGGCAGCCAUUUAAUGCAACAGGAUCAAUUGACAGGUGAAGUCCUGCUAGCGUUCAUGCUGUAUCAAGGACAACUUCAGAACGAAAUGUUGAAUUUAUUUCAAUCCUAUUCUUCCUUGAUCAAGAGUUCGGGAGCAGGUGACAAGAUCUUUGCCUUGUUGGACCGGACUCCGCCGCCUCCUGGCACUGGAAGCACAAGUGUACUGCAGAACGAAGGACGAUCUGGUGCUAUCGACGGCACUUCCUCCCAAUCUCCAGCUUCUGCGGUAUCAAUUCGAUUGAAGGAUGUUUCCUUUGCAUACCCCACUCGACUAGACCAUCCCGUUUUGACUGGAUUGAAUCUGACCAUUGGUACCGGUCAAACAGUGGCAUUAGUUGGCGCCUCAGGGUGUGGAAAGAGUACCAUCGUUGGUUUACUACAACGCUUCUACGAUCCGAUCAGUGGAGAAAUUUCCAUCAAUGACACCAACAUUCAGCAAUUGGAUAUCAAGGAACAUCGAAGACGGAUUGGCGUCGUCACACAAGACCCAACGCUAUUCACUGGCACCAUCCUAUCCAACAUUACUUAUGGACUGGAGGACGCUACAAUGGAAGAAGCUAUUGAGGCUGCCAAGCGUGCAAAUGCUCACGACUUCAUUUCGUCAUUCCCCGGAGGCUACGAUACUGAAGUGGGAGAACGGGGCAUACAACUAUCGGGAGGUCAAAAGCAAAGAAUUGCCAUUAGUCGAGCCAUCAUUCGAAAACCAUCCUUGCUAUUGUUGGACGAAGCUACGUCUGCAUUGGAUGCGGAAUCAGAAGAAAUCGUUCAAGCCGCACUCGACACUCUGUUGAACGAAAACCAGGGCAUCACGACCGUCAUUAUUGCCCAUCGAUUGUCCACGGUUAGGAAUGCCGAUAUGAUUGCCGUUGUCGACAAGGGACAAAUUCUAGAGAGUGGGUCUCACGAGGAACUGAUGCAACAAGAUAGUGGCUGCGGAUACUACAAAACCAUGGUCCAGAAAUCAAUGGGAAAUAAGCUGGUUGUUCCAUAG